AGUGCUGCUGCUGCUGUUGCUGUGUUUGGUGCAGUACAUAGCACAGUUUUAAUAUUUAAGUGUUUUCAUGGUGACGCGGCGUGUUUUUUUAAAGAAUAGAAAGUGCUAACUACGCCAACACACCUUGGAAAUGGAGGACGACGCUCCUGUCAUUUAUGGUCUGGAGUUUCAGGCACGAGCACUCACUGCACAGACAGCUGAGACUGAUGCCAUCCGUUUCCUCGUGGGCACACAGUCACUGAAAUUUGACAACCAGAUCCACAUCAUUGACUUUGAUGAUGAGAAUAACAUCAUUAAUAAGAAUGUCCUUCUGCACCAAGCUGGGGAGAUAUGGCACAUUGGCGCCAGUCCUGCAGAUAAGGCUGUGCUUACCACCUGCUAUAACAAAACCAGCGACAGCAGGGUGGUGUCCUGUGCAGCAGUAUGGCGGAUGCCCUCUGAUUGGGAGACAGGAAGCCACGAGUCACCUGAUGACUCCGCCCACAACCCCCAAACCCUGGAGUUGCUCUGUCACCUAGACGACAGUGCCCACAGCAACGCUGCCUGCGUGCUUUGGGAGCCCAUGGGGGAUGGCAAGCGUGUGAUUUCAUUGGCUGAUAACCACGCACUGCUCUGGGACCUGCAGGAGAGCUCCACACAGGCCACAGUCUCCAGCACUGCCACCCUGGAGGGCAAAGGUCAGUUGAAGUUCACCUCGGGCAAGUGGAGCCCCCACCACAACUGCAGCCAGCUCGCCACAGCGAACGACACAGCCAUACGAGGCUGGGAUCUUCGCACCAUGAGUCAGAUCUACUGUAUAGAGAACGCCCAUGGCCAGCUGGUGCGUGACCUGGACUUCAACCCCAACCGCCAGUAUUACCUUGCCAGCUGUGGCGAUGACUGCAAGGUCAAGUUCUGGGACGUUCGCAAUGUCCAGGAGCCUGUGAAGACCCUGGAGGAGCACUCCCACUGGGUGUGGAGCGUCCGCUACAACCACAGCCAUGACCAGCUGGUGUUGACGGCCAGCAGUGACAGCCGCCUCAUCCUCUCCAAUAUGGUGUCCAUCUCCUCAGAGCCAUUCGGACACUUGGUGGAUGAUGAGGAGCUCAGCGAGGGGGAGGAUAACCACCAGGAGGAAAAGGGUAAGGAGCCCCUAAAGGACAGUGUCGUGUCCACCUAUGAGGAACAUGAAGACAGUGUGUACACGGCGGAGUGGUCGUCAGCUGACCCGUGGCUCUUCGCCUCACUCAGCUACGAUGGACGUCUCGUCAUCAACAGGGUCCCACGCGCCCUCAAAUACCGCAUCCUGCUCUGAGAGGUUGGACACCGAUGUGACCGUGUGUGUGCGCGCGCGUGUGUGUGUGUGUGUACUGUAAGAGUGUGAGAGAAGACAUAGUACCACAUCUUUACACACCCUUUGCUACACCAAGCUGCUGAUAGACAUUCCAUUAUAACGUGGCUGUGCAGGACCCUGCAUGUAAAGGCAGCAGCAGUAAAGACGUGUGUGCAAUGUAAAUAUACUGUAGUUCAUGUUGUUCCACUCCCAAAUAAAAAAAGUGUCUCAUGGAUAAACAUUUGACAUGGUGUGCUUUUUAAACAUAUGCAACAUUCUUCUCUUCAGUCUACUGUGUCAUUCAUAUGUUUAUUUAAUCUGUUCUCAUUUAUCUUAUGUUCUAAACAUCUUUUGUGUAAAAAUACUUCUGGAAGGUUUUCGACCCCGGUCCUAUUUUGCAAGUUUUUGCUGUCAAGACAGUUAUGUGUCAGGCUGCAGUCAAUCUCAGAACCCAUCACCUAUCAUCUAAAGAUAAUUUAGCUUCUGGGGGCAACGGCCAGUGUUUUGGUGCCUCUGAUGCAGACAGUGGUUAUCGAAACAACUGAAAUCCAGGCCAAGGUUUCAAUGUUCCCAAUUGUUAUUUACAGUCCAAUUAGAAACUUGAGACCUGAGAAUGAUGAGAAAGACACAUUUCGGAUAAUCUCUAUUGAGAUAUCUGCAUUGGCAUGUUGCGUGAUAAAUGACUAAAGAAAAGUUAAUAAAAAGUUGUUUACCUGUGUGUAACCAAAGCCCGCUCAAACAUGACUAGUCAAUACCAGUCGGACUACAAACAAACCAGAAUGCUUCCAAUGAUAAAAAUCUUGUACCUUGCCCACAGAUUCUGAACAAACAUUAGGAAAAGAUUUACUUAUUUUCAUGUCCAUCACACACAGGGCAACAUUAGUUGCCACCGGAUGAACCUAAGUCUGAUAUAUAUUCUCCUUUAAGCUCUGUUUUGGUCUCAAUCAGCUCCCAAGUUCCACUCUGUUCGCCAGCUAGUUGCUAACUUUGCUGUUUGGUGCUCUGCAGGUUGUAUGUAGAGCUGCUGAUGAGAGUUAUGAGACUGAACCAAAACAGUACCAAAAAAGAGCUGAAAGAUAUCCCUGUGAUAAUUCUCUGUGAAGGUUUGCAGUAUGGUAUGAAAAUUGGCAGUAAUCAUACGAUGACACAUUUUCUUGUCUGCUGUCUGAAUUCUGCUGUAUCACUGUUAUUUUUUAAGACAUACAACAUAAUAAUUUGUGAAAUUAUAAUAAAACAUUUGUUAAACCCCCCC